CCCUCCUCGAUAUUGUAUUAUUAGAGAGAAGGAUAAAUGAAACCAUUAAAGUGCGGUUUAGUACCCCAUCGUCGCCCCGGUGGCGACACCACUCGACAAAAUAAAUAUCUAUGAAAAUUUAUUAAAAAAAAAAAAAAACUCUUGGUUUAUUCUUGCUAAUCACUCGAGUGUUUCAAGUACAUUUGUUUAAAAAAUUAUUCGGUUUUUGUGUACCUUUCUGGUUUGUAUUCGUAUAUAGUUUGAUUGAUAUUGAGCCGCGGACCAUUGACAUAAAUUAGAGGAUAAUCGAGACCGCGCCUCUAGAAUUUCAAAUUUUUCGUAACAGUGCCCAUUAUUUGUUGAUAAUGAAUAGUGAUGAUGAAAGAAUGAUGAUGAUAAUACGUGUUGAUCAGUGGAAAAAAUCAUUUUUGUCAUCAUCAGUUGGUGGUCGGACUUUUUAGGAUCAACGUGUUGGUGAAUUUUUGUAUAUAGUAAAAUAUCAGAUCAAGAGGCAUCACAGGAUGUCAAAGAAACAAUGGCUAGUGCUACUGUGUUUAUACGUCAUGUAUUUGUUAGCUGGGGCGGCCAUUUUCUUUUAUGUGGAGGCCAAGGAGGAACAUAGGAUCGCGGUAGCGGAGCAGGAAGAACGAAAAAAAUUAGAAAUUCUACUAAAGGAGCAUUUUCAUGGCAACUACUCAGUAAGAAAAUACCUAUUUUCCAGUUUAUCACAAUAUUGUGGUAAGACUCUGGAUAUCAACAUGAGCGACGACCCAUAUUCGUACAAAUGGGACUUUUACCAUUCACUGUUCUUUGUGAUAACUGUUGUUAGUACCAUAGGUUAUGGCAAUCUGGCCCCAACCACCAUGUUAACCAGGAUUUUUAUGAUUUUUUAUGGCCUAGUUGGUAUACCCAUGAACGGUAUCGUCAUUUACACACUUGGGGAUUUCUUUGGAAAAUCGUUUACCAAAUUGCACCAACGCUGGAAAAACUCCAAAUUGGAAGCGAAAAUUGACUACGAUAUGGCUCGAUUUGGAUUAAUAGGGCAAGUGAUCUUAUACCUGGUGCCCGGAUUCACAUUUUUCAUAUUCCUUCCCUCCACUAUUAUGACUGUAUUCGAAGGAUGGGACUAUGACGUAUCCGUUUAUUAUUCUUUCGUCUCCUUGACUACUAUUGGAUUUGGCGAUAAAGUUGCUGGUGUCUCUGACUCAUAUGGCUUCGGCUUCCUCUACACCGUCUACCAAUUGUUUCUCCUAGUCUGGAUUAUCGGCGGUAUGGGCUACGUGGUCAUGAUACUAAGUUUCAUCACCAAAGGGAUGCACAGCAAACGUAUCAAACAAAUCGAGCAUAUGCUCAGCGAAAACCUGAAAAACACCCCGAGAAAAAUCCGAGGAGAACUCCGCAGCCUGUUGCACGAACUCCUCUUUAUGCGAGUUAAACCAGUUUACAAGGGGGAGUUCGAGUAUGUCCCCUCGGCCAUCGAGCGUAGUCAAAGUUGUCCCGAUCUCACCAUGUACAAGGUGGAAAGCCCCAAGACCAAGCGGAGGCAACGAGCCAUGUCAGAGUGCGCCUCGAGGAUCGUCACUUUGCAACGCGUCCAAAGCGAGAGUGAUCUGCAAAGGAUCGAUAAAGAAAAAACAUUCAUGUCAAAUGAAGAUUUGGUGCAACAAACCGAGCUCCUCUUUAAAGUUUGUAACGCUUUAAGUGAGGAGUCUCUGCACCGCAUCGAUAGCGAUACGGGCGGCGGAGUGCACGGUUUCUCUGAUAAAUCCAUUUUGGCCAGUGAGUUUUAUCCCAUCACCAAAAAACGCAGGGCCAUCAGCGACAUUCGACCUCCGAGCAUGCUAAUGCAAAGGGAAACUGUAAACGGAAACACCUGGUAUGGAGCUGACGCUGACGAAGCCAUUAAUGAAUACAGGAAAAGGCAGCGGGCCAAGUCAGUGUUCGAAUACAAAAAACCGGAGAACCUUUUCAAGAAAAUCAGAAAUCGAUUGCUCUCCCGCGACGAGAGCGGGUUGGAUAUUGAAAAGCAGAAAAUUGCCGAGGCCGCCAAGACAACUCUACCGGAUCCUCCUCCGUACAUUCGUAGAGAUUCGAUCCUCUCCAAGUCACCCCAAGAGGAGAUCCUCGAGCAAACCUCAAUAGCAGACUUUAUUAGGGCCAUUUCGGCCCUCUCCGGACCUGAAAUAACCGACAACAUUUCCCCAAGAAGUAGACGACAAGGAAUAAUAUUGUCACCGUCAUCCAGAAGGGCCUCGUUCGUGCCAGAUUUGGGCCACGCGCAUUUAGGAACCCAGAGACGGUUCUCAUUGAGGCCCGCCGACGAGUCAACAUUAGAUCCGAUAUUAAUAAAAAAGAAGGAGAAAAAACGGAAAAUUUCCUCGGUAUCAUUCCAAAACGAGCGAAGAGGUUCACUGUUUUCCGACGGGACCACCAAUAUACCUCCGACGCUACAGGAAAAUGUUCCAUUUGGCAGCGUGGAUAAUCAGCAAGAACCUCCUCACAGACGGUUCUCGGUGAGACCGGUUAAUUUGAACGCGACGUUGCAAAGUCCAGUACAAAAACAAUUGCAAAAGAGAGAUCGGACUGACAGUACCAGCAGUACUAAUAAGUGAUCCUUAUAAAUAUCAAAAGAGUGAACUGAUAAGAUCGCAGUAGGAUAAUAAUUAUUCACAGGUUGUGAUCAAUAGUGAUCAGCCACAGCAAUCGCACAAAGUAAGAUUUUAUUCGGUUUUGAUUGUAUAACGACUGUAAAAGAAGUCUGAAGCUUCCUUGGUCUAGUAAUUCGAUUGGUAAAAAAUUCCUCAAGAAAAUUUUGUAUAUUUUUAAGGUUAUAAUUACUCAUUCCAAACUCUGUGAUUUAUUUUUAUAAGUUAGUUUUUAGGUUUAGCUUUAAAUCGACUAAUAUGUCUUCCCGAUAAGUAUGUAUAUACAGUAUUAUAAUAGCUUUAGUAAUCAUUAUCAGUCUUUACAAUCAAUAUUUUGUAAAUUACAUAAACUAAGAAAAUACGUCA